AUGUCCUCUUCACCAAAAGAUACAGCUGAGGCCACCGAGCCCCCGAAGUCGAGUGACGCCGAAGCCCAACCUUGGAACGAGGAUAAACGCCGGAAGUUCGAAACGAAAUCGAAGAGCGAGUUCUACGACCCGUGCCAAGAGGCUGCGCAGAGGAGUUACAGAUGCUUGUUCAGGAACGGAGGCGACAAGAAUAUGUGUGGAGAGUAUUUUCAGGCAUAUCGCGAUUGCAAACAAGCAUGGACCGAAAAACGAAGAAAGGAAGGGCGCGGAUGGUUCUGA